AUGCCCGUCGCCCGCAACACCCGCCGCAAGCGUUCUUCUGUCCAUCUGCAUCUGUCCAAGUCUACCACCCGUCCCCGCCUCCCGACGCCAAAGAACGUCGCCUUCGCGCCGAACCUGACGCCAGACAACUACGGCGCCACCCCCUCGCACUUCAUCGACGAAACAGCACAAUCGACGCUCUUCGGCCCCCUCCCGCCCGGUGCGAACGAGGACGAGGUAGCGGACGGGAAGAAGAAGCGCGUGCGCAAGAGCCGCAAGCAGAGCGAGGGCCACAUCCCGCGCCCGGCGAACGCGUUCAUGCUGUUUCGCGCCGAGUUUGUAAGGCGGAAGCAUGUGCCCGGCUCGAUCGAGCAGAACCAUAAUAAUCUGAGCAAGAUCAUCGGCAGCACGUGGAAGAACCUGCCCGAGGAGGAGCGGCAGGUGUGGAUGCGGAUGGCGGCGGCGGAGGUGGAGAAGCACAAGAAGCUGUACCCGGACUACAAGUACCAGCCCAAGCACAAGCCGCGCAACGCGCCCGGCGCCUCCGCGCCCAAGAAGGCGCGCAAGGGCAAGAACGGGAAGGAGCCCGAGGCGGACGAGGAGGAGCGCUACGAGAAGCUCGGCUCGCUGCUCGCCAAGGGCAUCACCGGCGAGGAGCUCGAGGCCGCGCUCAAGAAUUCCCCAGAUCGCGAGGAGGAGUGGACGGACGCGUACGACGACGACUCGCCCGCCACGCGCCACCCGUCGCCCAUGCCCGCAUUCAGCCACGCGCCGAGCCCCGCGCCGUCGGACGCGGACGCGGUGCAGCUCAACCACGUGCACGGCGCGUGGAUGCGCCGCUCGUCGUCCGUCCCGCUGCCCGGCACGUUCCCCUUCCCCACGGCCAUCCCCAACCUGCCGUUCAUGCGCCAGCCGUCGAUCGACUUUGGCGGCGGCAACGCGUCGCUGUCCGCGGCGUGGAACCUCCCGCGCCGCCCGUCCACCGCGCAGGCGUUCCGCAACUGGGACAUGCCCUUCGAGCCCGCGAGCUUCAUGCACGAGCCGAUGCGCCCGAUGUCGCCGCUGCCCGACGUCAACGCGGACCUGUUCAACCCCGCGUUCCUCGAAGGCAACACCGGCUUCCACGGCCACGGCGACGGCGCCUUCCCGCAGUUCGCGUUCGACGGACAAUUCCAGAUGCCCAUGGCGCCGAACGUGAACGGCGAGGGCUUCGUCCCGCCGCAGGAGAUGACCAUAAGCCCGCUCGACAGCUUCCCGCCGCCCCAGCCGCAGUGGACCGAAGCCAUGCCGGGCAGCUCGUACUCGGACUCGCCCGCGCCGUCCGACCGCUCCUUGCCGCUCUACGCGCCGCAGCCCCAGCGCUCGUGGGACGAGAAGCCCGCCGCGCCGGAUAUGCAUGUUCAGCAGCAGGCGGAGGAGAAGGCGUAUGUGCCGGAUUUCGCGCAGUACGUCGAUUUCGGCGCUGGGUACGGGCAGGACGCGAAUAUGGCCUCGCCGCAGCCCGAUGCGCUGUAUGGCGAUGGGCAGGCGUUCGCGAUGGCGCCGGACCAGAGCUUGCAGUCAUUCGCGAUGCCGCAGGGCGGCGAGGUGUACGGCGAGCCGGUGUACCACUCCGAGCCUGCCGCGUACCCACCGCACGAGUUUACGCUGCCGAGUGAGGCUUUUGUCACGCACCCGAACGAGCAGUUCGCGUCGCAUCCGGCACCGAUGUACGGCGAGGUUCCGCAGCACACUUAUUGA